UGGGGACGGUGGAGGGCAGACCGCUAGCACCCGGAGUCUGCUGGCGCCCGCCCGGCUGCGCAUCCACCCUGGGCUCCUGGGCAGAGGAGGCGCGGCAAAGACUGGUGGAAUUGUAUUUGAUUUUAUUAUUUAUUUAAUGAAAACCUCUCUUGAUUGAUCGUUGCUGUUGUUGUAAGAAGAAAAUCAUUUACAAGAAGGAUCGCUGAAGAGCAUAGCAAUUAACAGAAAAAGUGCUUAACAGCCUCGGCCAGCAAUUCCCUGCCCAGUUAGUGAGUGUGGGCGGUGAAUGUGGAUGAGCCCAAGUGGAAUGUUCUGAGGGGCACAGCCGAGCCUUUCCUGAGGCUCCACAACUUGUACUCCACCCCGCGCUGCGCCAGGCAGGCCGCCCUGCCCAGGCUGAGCCGCCGGGUGGUCAGCCAGCACUCCUACCCGCUGAAUCGCUUCUCCUCCGUGCCCUUGGACCCUAUGGAGCGCCCCACCUCCCAGGCGGACCUCGAGCUGGAUUACAACCCUCCCCGCGUGCAGCUCAGCGAUGAGAUGUUCGUCUUCCAGGACGGGCGGUGGGUGAACGAGAACUGCCGCCUGCAGUCGCCGCACUUCUCUCCCUCCUCCUCGUUCCACCACAAGCUGCACCACAAGAGGCUGGCCAAGGAGUACCUGCUGCAGGAGGAGAACAAGGCCCUGCGGGAGGAGAACAAGGGCCUGCGCGAGGAGAACAAGACCCUCCGCAAGGAGAACAAGAUCCUGCAGAUAUUCUGGGAGGAGCACAAGGCCACGCUGGGCCGGGAGGAGAGCAGGGCCUCCUCGCUGCUGCUGCACAAGGACAGCGUGGCCCUGGAGGUGGUGAAGAAGGACCCGGCCCUGCAAGCACACCGCGGCAAGGAGACCAGCACCCUCCAGCUGCUCCGCGAGGAGAACCGCGCCCUGCAGCAGCUGCUGGAGCAGAGGAAGGCCUUCUGGGGCCAGGCCGAGGAGAAGGCGGCGCCCAUGGAGGAGAACAAGCGGGCGCCCUCGCCCCACGAGGAGCCGCACGGCCCCGGGCUGCUGCCGGAGCAGGGCCCGGGCCUCGCCUCCCCCUUCGAGGAGCCCAAGGGGUCCGCCACCCCGCAGGAAGACUCCAAGACGCUCCGCGCCCUGCGCGAGAUGGUCAGCAACCUGUCGGGGUCCUGCGGGGAGGAGGAGGGCAAGGCGGGCCCCGGCCUGCCGGACGGGAGCCAGUGCUUGGAGCUGCUGAGGGAGAUGAACCAGGCGCUGCAGGCGCUGCGGGAGGAGAACCAGAACCUGCAGGUACUGCGCGAGGAGAACCGGCUCCUGCAGGAGGAGAACAGGGCGCUGCACGUGCUGCGCGAGGAGCACCGGCUCUUCCAGGAAGAGAACAAGGCCCUGUGGGAGAACAACAAGCUGAAGCUGCAGCAGAAGCUGGUCAUCGACACGGUGACCGAGGUCACCGCCCGCAUGGAGAUGCUCAUUGAGGAGCUCUAUGCCUUCAUGCCGGCUAAGAGCAAGGACCCCAAGAAGCCCAGCAGGAUCUGAGGCCGCCCAGGCGCCGCGGAGGCACCGAGCUUCCGGCACAGAAGACUCCGGCGAAGAAAACCUCCUGCCUCUCUUCUGUCUUCUCGCCUUCCCCCACCAGUUCGUGCCUGUUGAAGAGCAGAGUUACGAGCCUUCCUAAACUCAGAGUAGUAAUAAAGGCGUGAGGAGGCUGGGGCCAGUUAACACCAA